AUGUGUUACACCUCCAGGAUACAGCCCCCAUGUGUUACACCUCUAGGAUACAGCCCCCAUGUGCUACACCUCCAGGAUACAGCCCCCAUGUGUUACACCUCCAGGAUAGAGCCCCCAUGUGUUACACCUCCAGGAUACAGCCCCAAAUGUUACACCUCCAGGAUACAGCCCCAUGUGUUACACCUCAGAUACAGCCCUUGUGUUACACCUCCAGGAUACAGCCCUAUGUGUUGCACCUCCAGGAUACACCCUAUGUGUUACACCUCCAGGGACAGCCCCAUGUGUUACACCUCCAGGAUACAGCCCCUAUGUGUUACACCUCCCAGGUACAGCCCCCAUGGCCACACUCCAGGAUACAGCCCCUAUGUAUUACACCUCAGGGAACAGCCCCCGUGCUACACCUCCACAGCCCCCAUGUCUUACACCUCCAGGAUACAGGCCCCAUGUCUACACCAGGAUACAAGGCGAACAUGA